AUGAGCUUGGACUCGCUGUUACCCAUCGCUCCUGCGAGGGUGAGGGCAUUGAUUCUUCCGCUAGGCCAGAUCAGAAGUGACCGUUUCUUGUCCUUCGUCGAGCGCCUGCGGCCUGAACAUGCCGUCUCCUUGCGGGAUGUCACCCCCGAUGGGCGGCCGAACAGAAGCAAGUCUCCCCUAAGUUUCUUCGGCGUAGCGCAUGCGUUUACUAACCGCUGGGCGGCAGACAUGUUCUCGCCCUUGGCUUUCCCACACGGCACCGUAUUCUACGAACUAGUUACAAAUACACCCCCGCCCUCCCACCUCGCCCUCCUGCCUUUCGACUUUUAUCGCGAACCGCUUGCCGUCAUUGCAGUCGCCGAUGGCACUGAACUUGACCGUGUGACUUUUAACAAACGCCACUCGAACACGGCGCCAACCAUUGCCGAACAAAACAUUAGAACUCUGUACCAGGAAUUGGAGGAUCUACGAGACCGCUUCGGCAAGGCGCUGGUUCACCAAGUCUUGAUCUUCGACCAUGUGCCGGCGAAAGAUAACCCGGUACACCUGCCUGAGGGCCUCAUCUCUAUACCACCGCCGGACGAGUGUAAGCGGACGACGAUGAAGACGAUAAUGUGCGACAUUACGUCGCAACUCUUGGCCGAAAUGACAACCGUGGCCAAGAUGUACGAGGCAUACUCUACCAUCGAAUCCCCUGGGCAGUCUCAUGCAAUGAAGCAUGUGAACGGCGCAUCCUGGGAUCUCGGUAGCUCUCCGCCAACGAACAAAAGAAAUUCACAAUUUGCGCCUACCCCUCAGAGAUCAAGCUCUACCAGCGGGCUGCCUGAUAGGCACAUGCAUCGCAUGUCAAUGCCCGUUGCGCCCUCGAAAUCGAACUCCAUGAUACCGUCAACCAGCUCAACCCCGGCCCGUUCUUCAACUCCUGUCAGGAGUGGGCUAUCGAACCCACCAACCACUUUUGAUGACUUGGCUGCCAGUAUCAGCAGCGGCUCUUCGACCCCUGACCCGACUCCGCUGGCUGGAGACCAUUUUAGGUCGGAUAGUUCAGAUCGAGUCUCAGUGCAAGGCUUUGGUUCUGGUGGAUCGAACGAGCGUUCGAGGGCGAAAGGGAAGGGGAGAGUGACCAUCAUGCUUGGUUCCCUCUACCUGCAAGCUGGACGUUGGACCGACGCUUUGAAGGAACUCAUAGACGGCGCUACCGUGGCUAGGUCUAUCAAUGACCACAUCUGGCACGGCAAGGCCCUCGAGUUGAUCACCGUCAGUCUCUUACUUCUUGGAUGGGCAAAUAUAGAGUUUGCAAUUCCCACCGUAUGCCUGCCGCCACAAGACAAGUCGACAGCCGCAACUAUGGCUGCAUUGGAGGCGUCGACUACUGAUCCCAGCCAACCGAAGCACAUCCGGAACCUUCAAAUUAUACUACCAGAUCUUUUGGAACGCAUCGUGGGUCUGUACUCCAGGAUAUCGGCAGAGCACUUGCCGCCGUUGCCCUUGGCUGAAACCACAAUUCGAUUCUGUAAGAUUCUCUCCGCUCUUCAUCUUGCUGACGGAAAGCUGGGAGAACGAUCAAUGGGUAUGAUCAUCUUUGGUAAGCUGCCUUCAAAGCCUUUGACGACAGCGCCUCGUUUGAUCGUUACUCCAAGCCGACAGCAGAUCACUACCCUCCUCUUUCGAGCUUUCCCUUCUUCUGCAUCGGAGCUUCUUACCAUCGCCGACCGAGCUUCCAUCUUGGCCGGAAUUGCAUCGGUUCUAGGGCCACUUGGGUAUCAUCGUAAAAAGGCUAUGGUCACCAGAGAGCUUGUUUCGGUUCUCAUCAGUGGUUUAGUCGAGGCUCGCACCCGAGGUGCUGCGGAAAUGGGUAUUCACCCUGCAGCAGGCCUGGUUGCUCUGAACGCUGCCAAUGGCCACACCAACAGUGCAGUUGCUCUUGAGCUGGGCGAGGGAGAUGUCGAGCAGGGGAUAGAAGCUUUCCUUGGCCUUCUGUGCAAGUCCUACGGCAUCGUAGGUUUUGACUUGAAAAAGGAACUUUCAGAUGUUGCCAUUGCUAGCGAAGACUCGGAUGCUGCUAUUCUCGAUAGAAUUCGAGGACAGUCAGCCGCAAGAUUCUUUGGGUUUACCAGCGUCAAACUGAAUAUUUUGAGAGCUUGCAUUAACUUUUCUGAGGCACUGCCCGACUUCAAUGGUGUCUUGAAGUUUUCAAGCGAUUUGCUUCGAACAGCGGGAUCUGGUGUCGCCCCUGGGCCGCGUAAAGAAGAUGCAUCCCCUGUUAUUUCUCGCGACGAGCAGAUCCGCCUGGUGACGAAUAUUGCAAAGACUUCGAAUCUGUCAAAAAGACUAGGCCUGGAUCAUCUGGCUGCCGAGUACUGGGAUGAGUUUUUCGUCCGAGGUAUAAGCUUGGAACCAUUACCUAGCACUAGAAUUCCCGUUCCUCACGCAAAAAGCACUAUUCCGGGGGCCGUCACGGCAAGAACAUCACAGGACGUCAACCCCUUUAUUUAUAAUCCGUUCUUAAAACAGCCCGACAAAGCCACCGUCGAACAUACCCUGGUUGCAAACGAACCGGCGACCUUCAAAGUCACUCUGCAGAACCCUUUUGAUAUCGAGGUUGAUGUCGAGAGUAUUCGUUUGGACACAACCGGAGCAGAGUUCGAAUCGCAUGCUGAAAGCACCAUCAUUGGCCCCUAUCGAACGCAGAUAUUAAAGGUUUCAGGGACUCCCAAGAGCGCUGGUGCCUUGAAGGUCACGGGUGCGAUUAUUCGCGUCCGUGGCUGUCGAGAGCGGCGAUUCCCAAUCUUCACUCAGCCGUGGACUCCACAAACGGAGCUGAAGGUUAAGGCCACCGGUCUCCCUGCCCUAGAAAGCAGCAUCUCGUCAGGGACCAUUGUUGGUCAGCCAUUGAAGGUUGAAGAGGUUGGCUUGAAUGUCAUUCCCCAACAACCCGUCGUCAUCGUCAAGUCGACGACGCUUCCUCAAGCUUCCAUUAUGGUGCUUGAGGGGGAGAGACAAGUUUUCUCUGUCACUCUGCAGAAUUUGUCGCAAACGACCCCGGCAGAUUUUAUGUUGUUCUCAUUCCAAGACUCAACGCAAGGACCACUGCAAGCAGGGAUUAAUAAUAGAGACGCCACCCCGGCCGAGCUCUACGAGUAUGAGUACAUCCUGAUGAAGCGACAGGCUCUCAGGAGGUUGAAAAAGAAGGAAGCCGAGAAACGAUACAUAGCUCCAGGUGGCACUGCCACCUUCGACUUUGAAAUCUUAGGUAAACCAGGGUUGACGAAUGCCGCCAUUCAAAUCGACUAUGCUUAUCUUGGAGUACCCCCCGAAGAAGUCACAGAGCAAUUCCACACCCGCCAGGUUGCUCUGCAGCUGACUGUUACUGUCAAUGCUAGCGUUGAGCUCACCAGACUGGACGUUCUUCCUCUUCAGGGACCUGUGCCCCGACCGCUACUCACCCUCACCCACCUAGAGUCAAAAUCCGACCCGUCUACACUUGCAGACGAGUAUUGUUUGCUGUCUAUGGAUCUCCGCAAUGCCUGGCCUAACAACAUGGAGGUUCAAUUGGACGGCGAGGAAGGCAUCUUAAUUGAAGAGCAUGUUCUUCCUGGCAACACCAGUCGUGUCAUCGUUCCUAUUCGGCGGAUAUAUCUUGACGAUCCUCAUGCUUCCAUUCCAGCCUUGAAUCCUUCGAGACAACGGCAAUUCGUCGUCAGUACCAGCAAAAUUACGCCAGAUAUGGAGCGCUCCAACCGCGAGGCAUUCUGGUACAGAGAAAAGAUCCUCACAACACUUACGGCUAGAUGGAAAACUGUUUCCGGUCCGAAGCGAAGUGGUUACAUCGAUCUACGGAGCCUUAGACUCUCUCCUCGUAUGAUGGACGCUUUGAGAAUCGACGACAUUGGAAUUGAUAUCUGCGUCAAAGACAACAUCGCGGACAAUGGCGGUUCGAUUGAUCACUCCAUCCUAGUCGACAAUUUCGUACAGAUUAAGAUUGACAUCACCAAUCGCUCGGCUCAGCCAGUCUAUCCGAUGUUGCGAUUGAUGCCGGCUCUGUGCCAUCGCCCUCUUAAUGUCGCUUUAGACUUCACCAGAAAGUUUGCCUGGAACGGCACCCUACAACAAGCACUUCCACUGCUGGCCGCCAAAUCUAGCGUCGAAGUGGAAAUCGAAGCAAUGGCCUUGUGUCGGGGUGAGUUUGAGAUCGCGGCAUCGAUUGAAGAAUACCAGAUUUGGGAAGAACCCAAGGAAGAGAAGGAGAAAGACAAGGAGAAGGAAGGUCGACAAAGGUCAGACACUCAGACGAUGAUGAACGCGCUCCUAGGCGUGAAGGAGCGGCGCAUCUGGCAUUCGAGACAACCCUGCGUCAUCCAAGUGAUAGAUCACGACUAG